CCCGCGCGUGUCGUCUCAAAGAAAGCCUCAGUGCCUACCUGGCGGCCGUCGCGACCGCACUGGCCUGCCGACCAUGUGACAGACCUUGUGACUCAAGUGUAGUGAUUUUUGUGUUACAGCACAGUGCCCGUGCAUUAACCCCAUCCCCUGAUAGUGCAUAACCGGAUUUUUACAUUGGAACGCCGGGGAAAUACGAAAGGUACCUUGAGUGUUGAGCAUGCAUUAUCUGUAAUUAACCAGCCUUUACAUCAGCCAAGCAGUGAUCGGAGGAGGUGAAAAUACUACGAUCUACGAUGUUGAUAAGGUGUCGGACGGCACUGUGUGCCGUCGCGCUCCUUUUGGCCGCCACGCCCACUACUUCAGAGAAUCUCUUCACAUGUCCAAGCGGCUGGGAACUAAAAGGCUUACACUGUUAUAAAUUCUUCAAUAUAAGACAUUCAUGGGAAAAAUCAGCAGAAUUAUGUCGAAGAUACGGUAGCGAAUUAAUGGUUGUAGACAGCUAUACAGAAAACAAUAUGACAGCCAGCAUGGUACCAUCUAGUCCUAGCAACAAUCAUUAUUGGUUAGGACUUGCAACUGUAGAUGAUCUGCGAACAAACACACUAGAGUCAGCAGCCGGCACCUUAGUAUCACAAUAUGCUGGUUUUUGGGAUUUGCGACAGCCAAAUCCAAAGGACGGUGAAUGUGUGGAUGUUCAUGUCACAUCAGAUAGCCAAUCAUGGGAAUUAACUACAUGUGAAACUCUGUUGCCUUUCAUGUGCAGAGCUAAUGCCUGUCCUGCUGGAACCUUCCAUUGUUCAAACGGAAGAUGUAUAAACGCAGCCUUCAAAUGUGACAAGCAAGACGAUUGUGGUGAUGCAUCCGACGAAAUGGAUUGUGCUUCUGAAUGUCAUUUCUAUAUGGCUAGCAGUGGUGAUGUGGUAGAAAGCCCAAAUUACCCUCACAAGUACCCAGCAUUUAGUGAAUGUAAAUGGACACUCGAAGGCCCACAAGGGCAAAAUAUUGUUUUACAGUUCCAAGAUUUUGAAACCGAGAAGUCAUUCGACACAGUUCAAAUUCUCGUUGGAGGCAGAACUGAAGAUAAAUCAGUGAAUUUAGCGACAUUAUCAGGCAAACAAGAUCUAUCUAAUAAACUUUACGUAUCUGCUUCUAACUUUAUGAUUAUUAAAUUUAGUACAGACGGAUCUGUAGAAAGAAAAGGUUUCCGCGCUUCUUGGAAGACUGAAUCAUCUAACUGUGGUGGCAUUCUUAGGGCUACACCUCAGGGUCAAAUCCUAACAUCACCUGGCUAUCCUAAUGGCUAUCCUGGCGGAUUAGAAUGCAUGUAUAUAAUUGAAGCUCAGCCAGGUAGAAUAGUUUCUCUCGAAAUUGCAGAUCUAGAAUUAGGAAUAAACAGAGAUUAUAUUGUAGUAAAGGAUGGAAAUAGUCCUUCUAGUCCGGUUCUUGCAAGACUAACUGGACCCGGUGAAGAAAAUCAAAAAGUAGUUAUUUCUACAACAAAUCAUCUUUACAUGUACUUUAGAACAAGUCUCGGGGAUUCUAAAAAAGGAUUCAAUAUGAGAUACUCACAAGGCUGUAGAGCUACAAUAAUAGCUUCAAAUGGAACUUUCACGUCUCCUGCUUACGGCUUAAGUAACUAUCCUAAUAAUCAAGAAUGUUUAUAUAGAAUAAAAAAUCCAAAUGGUGGGCCACUGUCAUUGAAAUUUGAUGAAUUUAAUAUCCAUCCUACUGAUAUCGUACAAGUAUUUGACGGCUCAAGUACGAGUGGCUUGAGAUUGCAUUCUGAAAAUGGAUUUAUUGUUAAACCUAGGAUAACAUUAACUGCAUCGAGUGGUGAAAUGCUAAUACGAUUUGUAUCUGAUGCGUUACAUAACGGAGCUGGAUGGAAGGCUACAUUCUCUGCAGAUUGUCCACCUUUAAAGUCUGGGAUAGGUGCUUUAGCAUCAAACAGAGACACGGCCUUUGGAACCGUAAGCACAUUCUCUUGUCCAAUUGGUCAAGAAUUUGCCACUGGUAAACCGCGAAUUACUACACAAUGCUUAGAUGGCGGAAAGUGGUCAACAACAUACAUUCCUAGCUGUCAAGAGGUCUAUUGUGGUCCUGUCCCACAAAUAGAUAAUGGAUUCUCCAUCGGUUCUACAAAUGUUACUUACCGUGGUGUUGCUACUUACCAGUGUUAUGCUGGAUUUGCUUUUCCCACCGGACAGCCUAUUGAAAAAAUAUCUUGCUUAUCAGACGGACGAUGGGAAAGAACCCCUACAUGUCUUGCAUCUCAGUGUGUCGCUCUUCCUGAUGUACCACAUGCAAACGUAACUAUUUUAAAUGGAGGCGGCCGCAGUUACGGUACUAUUAUCCGAUAUGAGUGCGAACCUGGAUAUGUUCGUUCAGGACAACCAGUUCUACUAUGUAUGAGCAAUGGCACAUGGUCUGGUGACGUACCAUCAUGUUCCAAGGCAAUCUGUCCUAAAUUCCCUGAAAUAAAAAAUGGUUUCAUUGUUGAUCAAAGUAGAAUUUAUAUGUUUGGAGACGAAGCACGUGUUCAAUGCUUUAAAGGUUAUAAACUUAAUGGACUCAGUGUGUUAAAAUGUGGACCUAAUCAGGAAUUUAAUCAGGCACCUACGUGUGAUGAUAUUAACGAGUGUCUUAGCAAUCAAUGUGAUACAGCUUCUACACAAUGCAAAAAUACUCAAGGUGGUUUCUUUUGUCCGUGUCGGCCUGGAUUCUCACCAAGUUUAGAAUGCCGGCCUGUUGGUGACCUAGGACUGAUUAAUGGUGCCAUUCCAGAUGAGUCUAUCACCACUUCAACGUCCGAAUCUGGAUAUUACAAGGGGAUGGUCCGGUUGAAUAAUGGAGGCGGAUGGUGUGGUAAUAAUUUGGAAGCUGGAGCUAACUGGGUUCUUGUAGAUUUGCGAGCACCUACAAUUAUCAGAGGUUUCAGAACCAUGAGCGUCAUGCGUGCGGAUGGCAACAUAGCAUUUACUUCAGCUAUUAGAAUCCAAUAUACCAAUGACUUAACUGAUACCUUUAAAGAUUAUACUAAUCCUGAUGGAACAGCAGUUGAAUUCCGUAUUUUAGAACCUACUUUAUCUGUUUUGAAUUUACCAGUACCAAUUGAAGCACAAUAUGUUAAAUUUAAGAUACAAGACUAUGUCGGUGCACCUUGUCUAAAACUUGAAAUUAUGGGAUGUGCUAGAUUAGACUGCACUGAUAUUAACGAGUGUAGCGAAAAUAAUGGAGGAUGUGAUCAGAAAUGUAUUAACACCCCUGGAAACUUUUCUUGCGCCUGUAACAUAGGAUACGAAUUAUAUUCAACAAAUGGUACAGCUGGAUUUGCUAUUGUAACAUCGGAAACAGGUGAUAGAGAUGGCGAUACUUACCAAAAGAAUAAGUCAUGUGUACCAGUUAUGUGUCCUUUAAUUGUUUCACCUGAAAAUGGUAAAAUUUUGUCAACUAAAAACACGUACCACUUUGGCGAUAUAGUUCAGUUCCAGUGUGACUUCGGUUAUGUAAUGUCUGGUUUCUCUUCCUUACUUUGUACUUCAAGUGGUACUUGGAAUGGAACAGCUCCAGAAUGUCAAUAUGCCCGCUGUGUUACAUUGUCUGACGACAAAAAUGAUGGACUAAAAAUAAUAAGAGAAGAUCCUGAAAGCGUAUUAUUGCCAUAUAGAGACAAUGUUACUAUUACUUGUACGGCACCUGGAAGAGAGUUGAGAAAUACUGUAACAUCACAUUUCAGACAGUGUGUUUAUGAUCCUAAACCGGGUCUGCCGGACUACUGGCUAUCUGGUGCUCAACCGCAAUGUCCCAGAAAAGAUUGUGGCGUACCAAUGCCAACACCUGGUGCAGAAUACGGGCAAUAUCUUGAUACAAGAUACCAAAGCUCCUUUUUCUUUGGUUGUCAAAAUACAUUCAAGCUUGCUGGGCAAACAAGUAAACAUGACAAUGUUGUUAGAUGCCAAGGAAAUGGUAUUUGGGACUUCGGUGACUUAAGGUGUGAGGGGCCCGUUUGUGAAGACCCUGGUAGACCCGCAGAUGGUUUUCAAAUAGCAAGAAGUUAUGAACAAGGAUCUGAAGUCUUAUUUGGCUGCUCUAGACCUGGAUAUAUACUGAUUAAUCCCAGACCGAUUACCUGCAUCAGGGAACCAGAAUGCAAAGUCAUCAAACCUCUUGGAUUAGCGUCAGGACGAAUUCCAGACUCCGCAAUUAAUGCUACUUCUGAAAGACCUAAUUAUGAAGCGAGGAAUAUCAGGCUAAAUUCGGUCACUGGUUGGUGUGGUAAACAAGAACCUUUCACUUACGUUAGUGUUGAUUUGGGUAAAGUAUAUCGAGUAAAAGCUAUUUUAGUAAAAGGAGUUGUAACAUCUGAUAUUGUUGGUCGACCUACAGAAAUAAGAUUCUUUUAUAAACAAGCAGAAAAAGAAAACUACGUGGUAUACUUCCCUAACUUUAAUCUAACAAUGAGGGAUCCUGGUAACUAUGGAGAACUCGCAAUGAUUACAUUACCCAAAUAUGUCCAAGCUAGAUUUGUUAUUUUGGGUAUUGUUAGUUUCAUGGACAAUGCUUGUUUAAAAUUCGAGCUCAUGGGUUGUGAUGAACCUGCAGCAGAACCAUUACUCGGUUAUGAUUACGGAUAUUCUCCUUGUGUUGAUAAUGAACCACCUGUUUUCCAAAAUUGUCCUCAACAGCCUAUUGUAGUACAAACUGAUGUUAAUGGAGGACUUCUUCCAGUUAAUUUUACUGAACCAACAGCUACAGACAACUCAGGUGCCAUUGCUCGUCUCGAAGUAACACCUCCGCAUUUCAGAAGUCCUAUUCAAGUUUUUCAUAAUAUGGUAGUGCGAUAUGUUGCUUUCGAUUUCGAUGGAAAUGUCGCUAUUUGUGAAGUCAAUAUCACUGUCCCAGAUUACACUCCACCAAAACUAAGUUGCCCACAAAGUUAUGUAAUUGAACUAGUAGAUAAACAAGAUAGUUAUGCUGUUAAUUUUAACGAAACCAGAAAAAAAAUUAAUGCAACAGAUGCAUCAGGUGAAGUCUACUUAAAAUUCAUUCCGGAUAGGGCAGUUAUACCAAUCCGAGGAUACGAAAACGUAACAGUAAUUGCAUCUGAUAAAUACGGAAACAAAGCCCAAUGUAAUUUCCAGGUAUCUGUACAAGCAACACCAUGUGUAGACUGGGAACUAAUGCCUCCAGCACACGGUGCACUUAAUUGCCUACCUGGUGAUAGAGGAAUACAAUGUAUAGCAACUUGCAGCCCAGGGUUCCGAUUUACCGAUGGUGAACCAGUCAAAACCUUUAUUUGUGAAACAAAGCGACGAUGGAUGCCAACAGCUGUUGUACCUGACUGCGUUUCUGAAAAUACACAGCAAGCCGCUUAUCAUGUCGUUGCCAAUGUUAAUUAUAGAGCAUUAGGAGCAGUAUCGAAUGCCUGUUUACCUCAAUAUAAGGACUUACUAGCACAGUAUGAUAACAUUCUUAAUGAAAGAUUGUCUCAACGUUGCUCAGCUGUUAAUGUAAACAUAAACGUAACCUUUGUAAAAGCAAUGCCGAGUCUUCUCGAUGAAAAUGUUGUUGGAAUGGACUUUGUGUUAGCUAUUACGCCAGCUAUUAGACAGACACAACUAUAUGAUCUUUGUGGUUCAACAUUAAACCUUAUAUUUGAUCUCUCAGUGCCUUAUGCUAGUGCGCUUAUUGAACCUCUAUUAAACGUAUCAUCUAUUGGCAACCAAUGUCCUCCACUUCGAGCUAUCAGAAGUUCCAUAUCAAGAGGUUUUACUUGUAGUGUUGGCGAAGUAUUGAACAUGGAUACAAACGAUGUGCCUAGAUGCUUGCAUUGUCCUGCCGGAACAUUUGCUGGAGAAAAACAAAAGUCUUGUACUAUGUGUCCACGAGGGUACUUCCAAAAUCAAGCUCGCCAGGGUGCUUGUCUUAAAUGUCCACAAGGAACAUUUACAAGAGAAGAGGGCUCUAAAGAUAUAAAUGAUUGUAUUCCAGUAUGUGGAUAUGGUACUUACUCACCAACAGGAUUAGUUCCUUGCCUAGAAUGUCCACGAAAUAGUUAUACAAGCUCACCGCCAACUGGAGGAUUCAAAGACUGCCAAGCGUGUCCUGUUAAUACGUAUACUUAUCAACCAGCUGCAUCGGGUAGAGAAAAAUGCAGAGCUAAAUGUGCUCCUGGUACAUAUUCUCCAACUGGUUUGGCACCUUGCUCUCAAUGCCCUAGAAACUUUUACCAACAUUUGAUGGGUCAAACUAUGUGUAUGGAAUGUCCAACAAAUAUGAAAACUGUAGGAACAGGCGCCACAGCUUUAGAAGAAUGUAUUCCAGUAGAAUGCUCAAAUAGUGCUUGUCAACAUGGUGGUCUUUGUGUUCCUAAAGGACAUGGUGUUCAAUGUUACUGCCCAGCUGGUUUCUCAGGACGCAGAUGCGAAAUAGAUAUUGAUGAAUGUGCUAGUCAGCCUUGUUACAACGGUGGUACUUGUAUUGAUCUUCCUCAAGGCUAUAGAUGCUCAUGCCCAACAGGGUAUGGUGGUAUCAACUGUCAAGAAGAAAGAUCUGAUUGUAGAAAUGACACAUGUCCUGAACGUGCCAUGUGCAAAGAUGAACCUGGAUUUGAUAAUUAUACUUGUUUAUGUAGAUCAGGAUACACUGGCAUUGAUUGUGAUAUAACGGUCGAUCCUUGCACAGCUAAUGGAAACCCAUGUACGAACGGUGCAACAUGUAUUGCUUUACAACAAGGACGUUACAAGUGCGAAUGUUUGCCAGGAUGGGAAGGCCAACUUUGUGAAAUAAAUACUGAUGACUGUAUUGAAAAACCUUGCUUACUCGGCGCUCCAUGUACUGAUUUGGUCAACGAUUUUAGCUGUGCAUGUCCACCAGGUUUUUCGGGAAAACGCUGCCAUGAAAAAAUAGAUCUUUGUUCAAGUGAACCAUGCAAACACGGUAUUUGUGUCGAUAAACUUUUUGUUCAUCAAUGCAUUUGCGAUCCGGGAUGGACUGGACCUUCUUGUGAUAUUAAUAUCAAUGAAUGCGUUAUAUCACCCUGCGAAAACGGAGGCCAAUGUAUUGAUGGAAUUGAUGAUUUUACUUGCAACUGUGAAGCUGGAUAUACAGGAAAAAGAUGUCAACAUACUAUUGAUGAUUGUGCUUCAAACCCAUGUCAAAAUAGUGCUACUUGCAUUGAUCAAAUAGAAGGUUUUAUAUGCAAAUGUAGACCUGGUUUCAUAGGACUGCAAUGUGAAACAGCUAUCGAUGAAUGUUUAACAGAGCCUUGCAAUCCACAAGGUACAGAACGCUGUGUAGAUCUGGAUAAUAAAUACCAAUGUGUGUGUCGUGAAGGUUUUACGGGAGAAAUGUGUGAAACAAAUAUUGAUGAUUGUGCUUCAAAUCCUUGCUUUAAUGGUGGAUCAUGUAAAGAUGAAAUCGGCGACUACAAAUGCAUCUGCCAAGCAGGAUGGACUGGCAAACGAUGCGAAAAAGAUAUUGGUAAUUGUAUGAACAGACCAUGCCAAAAUAAUGCAAAUUGUAUCGAUCUUUUCCAAGACUACUUCUGCGUUUGCCCAAGCGGAACAGAUGGAAAACAAUGCGAAACUGCACCCGAAAGAUGUAUUGGCAGUCCAUGUAUGCAUGGUGGGAAAUGUCAAGAUUUCGGUUCCGGGCUUAAUUGUACUUGUUCCUCAGACUAUACCGGUAUUGGAUGUCAGUACGAAUUUGAUGCUUGUGAUGCUGGUCUUUGCCAAAAUGGAGCUACAUGCAUAGACGAAGGUGAAGAUUACACUUGCACUUGUGCUCCAGGCUUCAAAGGAAAGAACUGUGACGAAGACAUUGUAGAUUGCAAGGAGAAUUCUUGCCCACCCUCUGCUACCUGUAUUGAUUUACCUGGAAGAUUUUACUGCCAAUGCCCAUUCAAUCUUACUGGUGACGACUGUAGAAAAACAAUAAGCGUCGACUAUGAUCUUUACUUCAGUGAUCCAUUGCGAUCAAGCGCUGCACAAGUCGUACCAUUUGACACAGGAUCAACUGAUAGUUUGACUAUUGCUAUGUGGGUACAAUAUACCCAGCAAGAUGAAGGUGGUGUAUUUUUUACGGCCUACAGCGUCAGCAAUUCGCAUAUCGCUCUUAAUAGAAGAAUUAUAAUACAAGCUCAUUCUAACGGAGUUCAAGUAUCUCUAUUCCCUGAACUUCAAGACGUUUAUUUAAGUUUUGGUGAAUUCGCUACCGUUAACGAUGGACAAUGGCACCACGUCGCUCUUGUCUGGGAUGGCAGCAAUGGUGGUGAACUGACACUUAUCACUGAAGGUUUAAUUGCCAGUAAGAUUGAAGGAUAUGGUAGUGGACGAACACUUCCACAAUACGUUUGGGUAACAUUAGGUAAACCUCAGUCUGACAAUCCUAAGGCAUAUACUGAAUCUGGCUUCCAAGGUUACCUUACUAAAGUUCAAAUAUGGAACCGAGCACUUGAUGUGACUAAUGAGAUUCAGAAACAAGUUAGAGAUUGUAGAAGUGAACCAGUCCUUUACAAUGGAUUAGCUUUAACUUGGGCUGGUUAUGAAGACUUAGUUGGAGGAGUCGAAAGAAUAGUCCCAUCUCACUGUGGCCAAAGAGUUUGCCCCAAUGGUUAUACUGGUGGUAAAUGUCAACAACUGCAAGUCGACAAAGAACCACCAAAAGUAGAUCGAUGCCCUGGUGAUUUAUGGGUUAUUGCAAAGAAUGGAUCUUCAAUAGUUAAUUGGGAUGCUCCUGUAUUCAGCGACAAUGUAGGAGUUAGUAAUAUAGUAGAAAAAUCCGGGCAUAAACCUGGUCAAAAUUUAGCUUGGGGAGCAUAUGAUAUAGCUUACAUCGCCUAUGAUGCGGCCGGUAAUGCUGCAACAUGUACUUUCAAGGUUACUGUACUAUCUGAAUUCUGUCCUCCAUUGGUUGAUCCAUUGGGUGGCUAUCAAUCUUGCCGUGAUUGGGGAGCGGGCGGACAAUUUAAGGUUUGCGAAAUAGCUUGCCGCGACGGCCUUAGGUUUUCACAACCAGUUCCACCAUUCUAUACUUGCGGUGCUGAAGGUUUCUGGAGACCAACUAAAGACCCAAGCCUACCACUUAUAUAUCCUGCUUGUUCACCGUCUCAACCAGCUCAGCGUGUAUUUAAAAUCUCCAUGUUAUUCCCAAGUUCAGUUCUUUGCAACGACGCAGGGCAAGGUGUAUUACGACAGAAAGUACGAACUGCCAUUAAUCAACUGAACAGAGAUUGGAACUUCUGUUCAUAUGCCAUCGAGGGUACUAGGGAAUGUAAAGAAUUCGAUAUCAAUGUCAAAUGUGACCAUCGUGCGAAUGUUAGACAAACAAGACAAGUGGCGCCUACCUCCGCCCCUACAGAGGACACGUACGUUUUGGACGCAAUUAUACCAGUGGAUGAGACACGAAGCAGUAGGGAAGGAAGACAAGUGGGCGAUACGUACAGCGUUGAAAUCUCAUUCCCGGCUGUCAACGACCCAGUAAUUCACAGUGGUACCAAUGAACGAUCAACAGUACAAAAAUUACUGGAGAAACUUAUUCUCGAAGACGAACAAUUCGACGUGCGAAACAUUCUUCCGAACACGGUCCCUGACCCGGCUAGCUUAGAACUAGUUUCCGACUAUGCCUGCCCUAUGGGACAAGUCGUGAUGGCGCCCGAUUGUGUUGCUUGCGCGGUGGGUACUUACUUGGACGCUGCAAGUGACACUUGCAAACCGUGUCCCGCUGGAACUUACCAAUCUGAAGCCGGACAGCUACAAUGUAUCGCCUGCCCUGCCAUCGCUGGACAACCUGGAGUAACCCAAACAUCUGGUGCAAGAAGUGCAGCCGAUUGUAAAGAGCGUUGUGCAGCGGGCAAAUAUUAUGAUGCUGAAGCAGAAUUGUGCAGGCCAUGUGGGCACGGUUCAUAUCAACCGAGAGAAGGUGCUUUCUCCUGCACCGCUUGCCCUAGAGGACAGACUACAAGAGCCACUGAAGCAGUUUCUGCUGCCGAAUGCCGUGACGAUUGUCCUUCUGGUGAACAACUAAGCAGCGACGGUGGCUGCGAACCUUGCCCACGCGGUACUUGGCGCGCUAAUGGGGCCGGUGCCGCAUGUGCGCCGUGCCCACCCGGUACCACUACACCACAAGCGGGCGCCUCCUCUGCUGACCAAUGCUCUUUACCUGUCUGCAAACCUGGAUCUUACCUCAAUGUGACGUUGAACACAUGCAUACAGUGCAAGAAAGGCAUGUACCAGUCGGAGGCCCAACAGACUGCAUGUGUGCCGUGCCCUAUUAACACCAGCACAAAGGAACCUGGCGCGACGUCCGAAUCACAAUGUACCAACCCAUGUGAGAUGAGUGGUCCAGAGAUGCACUGCGAUGUGAACGCGUACUGCCUUCUCAUGCCGGACAAUGAAUUCAAGUGCCAAUGCAAACCAGGCUUCAACGGGACCGGAAAAGUUUGUAUAGAUGUAUGCCAUAACUUCUGUGAUAACGGUGGUGAAUGUGUAAAAGACACGCGCGGUGAGCCAUCCUGCCGUUGUACAGGCUCGUUCACUGGCCGACACUGCAGGGACAAGAGCGAAUUCGCCUACAUUGCAAGUGGAGUUGCCGGAGGCGUCAUAUUCAUCAUAUUCCUUGUACUACUGGUCUGGAUGAUAUGUGCCAGGUCAACAAAGAAGAAGGAACCAAAGAAAACACUAACUCCAGCUAUUGACCAAAAUGGUUCCCAAGUGAACUUCUACUAUGGAGCGCAUACACCAUACGCGGAGUCCAUUGCACCCUCGCACCACUCGACGUACGCUCAUUAUUACGAUGACGAGGAAGACGGUUGGGAAAUGCCUAAUUUCUACAACGAAACAUACAUGAAAGAGAGUCUACACAAUGGGAUGAAUGGAAAGAUGAAUAGUUUAGCAAGAUCUAACGCCAGUAUCUAUGGUACCAAGGAUGAUCUGUACGACAGAUUAAAAAGACACGCGUAUCCGGGUAAGAAAGAUAAAAGUGACAGCGACAGUGAAGGUCAGUAAUCAUAAGAACUGCGUUUUGUCGUAUUCUGGUCAAUCUUACAUAAUACUAUAUCGUACUAGUUUCAAUUCGGUACAAUUUGUACCAGAACAAUAAUAGUCAAUAUUAUUGAUUGUAUAUCUGUAUAGGUAAUAUCACCAAAUAGUUGCCUUUAUAAUUUAACGUAGUUCAAUACGAUAUUGUAAGAUUUUACAGUCAUAGUAUAACAAGAAAACAAAAUAUAUGAAAUUAUAUAGAGACACUUCUAAAUUUCCGUAGACAUCCGCGGUAUCAUCGUACCGUACAUGUCCACGAUAUCGUGGCAAAAAUUAAAUGAUGUUUUUUAUGAAACUUCAUAGAUUUUGAGCUCCUGUUAUAUCGUAACGAUAAAAUCGUACAAUAUCGUACCGUGCUACGAUAAAUUAUAAAAGCAUCCAUUAUAUUGCUAUGCAGUUACUACAACUGGUUGUCGUGUACGUUAUUGUAGAAUUUUGUAUUCUUUUAGCUUUAUUAUUAAGAAAUAGGUUAUUUUUAUGACGAAUGUGUAUUAACACACUCACUGUUUAAU